GGGGGCGUUUUAGUCUUGGUUUUGACUCAUUAGUACUUUACAAAAACAUGGAGGGUGUAGGAGCGUACGGAGGCGGUAAAGCAGGAGGUGCUUUCGACCCGAUUUCCUUCGCUCAGCGGCCCCAAGUGCUCCUGAGGGCCGUCUGCUGGCUGUUCUCCAUCGUGGUGUUCGGCUGUAUAUCGUCCCAAGGCUGGCUAAUCAACAAAAACGGCAAAGAGGAGUGUCUGUAUAACGGGGACGCGAACGCGUGCAAUUACGGGGUUGGUAUCAGUGUGAUUGCCUUCCUGGCCAGCAUGGGGUUCCUGGCCGGGGAAUACCUCUUCGAGCAAAUGUCGUCGGUCAAGACACGGAAGCACUACGUUCUGGGCGACUUGGGAUUCUCAGCAUUUUGGGCGUUCCUGUAUUUUGUGGGCUUUUGGUACCUCGCCAGCCAAUGGGGUAAGUCCAAGACGCCGGAAAACGGCUACGGCGUGAACAACGUCCAGGCCGCAAUCGCCUUUUCCUUCUUUUCGAUUUUCUCCUGGGCGGGUUGCGCCUUUUUGGCGUUCCAGCGUUUCCGGCAGGGCGCUGAUGCAGCAUUUGCCACCAACUACGAGGCCGAUACGAGUAUGCCUGGCUCGUAUCCGUCUUAUCCUGGGGGCCCCGAUUCAGACCAACACUACCAGGAGCCCCCAUUUUCCGCCGGUCCUAACCAACGAGGACCGACGGAUUUCCAAGCGCCAGCUUAUUAACUGGGCCCCCAAUUCUCAUAAUAUAGUGAACAUAGCGCAGCUGCCUCAUCUCUAAAGCGAGUCGAAAACUCGCCGACAUUUUCAGUAUAUAAUAAAAGUCCUUUGUACUUAGAAUCGUACGGAAACAAGGUUUUGGUUUUCAGUAUUAUUUGGAUGAACCUCAAGGAGUGUUGUUACGUUGCGUUUUUGUAAAGCCGUGUACUUAUAGUAGCUACUUAUAUCACACACAAAACUUCAAAAUGUGUUGAAUUAUAAAAAUGUUACAUAAUUAUAUAGAAUGUUCAAUGUACAGUUAUAUAAUAAUUGUCGAGUUGCUUGUAGCGAGUUUUGCUUUUUUUUUCGAAGCAAUUUUAGGCGUUUCUGUGCUAGUAGAGUCAGUGUGACUCGACCGAUUGGCGCAGUCGGUAGGAUCGAGUCGUUGCACUUUUAUUAUUUUUUUAACCAGUGCCAUUUUUUAUGUUUUGAUAAUGUGGGAUCAACUUGUUUGCGAAGCGAUUGUUAUUAACAGUUUUUUGUUGAGGUUGAGCGACAAUAAAUAAGCAAUUCACGGGCACUAAGGUGGCAAAAAAAACAUAUUGACAGAUUUUACAUAUCUGGAGCACAAUUUUCUAACAAUUGGUACGUCUCAUUAAAUACUCAAAAUUUAAAAUGCUGCUUCGAUUAUGAUGAAUUUUAUUAUCUAAGUGGGUGUCGCAUAGUAAAGUUGUUCCUUGUCACGGAAAUAGGUCAUUAGCAUAAUUUAAUUAGCAAUAAAAGACAACUGUAGAUAUGUUUCAUUAUCUCGGUUCGGGAUUUGGUUUCGUUCAAGUUAACGUGAAUUGAUAUAAAGACUAUUAUUUAUAAUUAUUUUUCUAUUGAAAUGUGAUUUUUAUUUUUAUGGAAUAUUAUAUUUAGGUGGACGAAUUGAUUCAAUGUAUUAAUAAGUUACCAAUAAAUGUUACCAUUAGA